CCUAGACGGGACCCGGAAGUGCACGCCGGGGAGCCCGAGUUUCCAGUCCUGCCCCGGGGGCCGAGGUGGCCGUCGUUGCGGAGCGGCUGCGCGAUGACUGCCCGUCCGUUGUGUCGCGCUCUGAAGACAUUUUAGGGGAAGUCUUGGCCUUGGAGCAGCACCGGGGAUUGGACCCAGCCCAUGGAGAAGCUGCCUGAGCAGAUGUCCCCGGAGUCCCUGUGCCCAUCCUCCGAGCAGGAGCCUCGAAAGAGCAAGGAGGCUCUAUUACCUGUAAAUAAAGCCUGUAACCAACGUUUUCUCUCUGUGUGGAGCAGAUCUGCCGCAGCAGCACUAUCCUAGCAUAAGUCUUGGAGGAUCUGUCAUUCCAGCACCUGCUAACUUGCUUGGCCUUUGGAGAAGCUCACUAAAUGUGUGAAUAAAGAAAUGAAUGAACCCAGCCAAUUCACAGCGCCCACUGCUUCCAGUCCAUACUCCAUAACUUGGCAUUCAAGGCCCUCUGCAGGGUGGCCUCAACUCAACUUGAGAGUCUUUCCUUAGUGUUCCCCAAAAUAAACCGAGCAAGACUGGUGUGUCUACACAAGACGAGAAAACUGACACCCAAGAAGUAAGUUACCCAAGGUCACCCUGCUGGUAAUGGCAGAGCUGGAAUUCGAAUUGAGAUCUGCCUGGCUCGAGAUCACUUCCACCCCGUUUGGCGCACGGGGGCGCGAGGUCCGUUCUGCAAACAGCCCCGGAGGUCAGGUACCCCGGGCCGAGGGCCAGGUGAUGCUGACUUUGGAGGACAAGGACAUGAAGGGGUUCACGUGGGCCAUAGCCCCAGCCUUGACCUCCCUGGGCUACCUGCUUAUACUGCUGGUCUCCAUCUUUCCCUUCUGGGUGCGGCUUGUAAACGAGGAGUCCCACGAAGUGUUUUUCAGUGGCCUGUUUGAGAACUGUUUCCAUAUCAAAUGCUGGAAGCCUCGACCCUUAUCAGUGUACAUCAUUCUCGGCCGCGUUUUCCUGCUGUCCGCGGUUGUCCUGUCUUUCCUCACCACCUUCAUCCUGGUGUCCUUUGCAUCUCAGCUGUUUCCGAGGACCCGGAAGCACAAUUUGGUGUCAGCCUUCAUCAGCUUCCUCACAGGGGCCAGUGCCUUCCUGGCCUUGUUGCUGCAUGCCCUGGAGAUCCAGAAUCUGAGGAUGAAGCCCAGCCCCCCCAAGUUCUCGGUGCAGUGGCCUUACUACGUUCUGGGCUUUGCCAUCCUUCUGUUCAUAGUGGCUGGUGCCAUCUGCCUCUUUCAAGAAGCAGCCUGCCUUCGCUGCCGUUUGUUGCCCAAUUCCCAGAGUAUCCAGGAGACCCAAGGGGUCAUACACCUGGAGAAUAUGGAGAGUCUGGGAGGAGACCUGAGCUCAAUACAAAAGGAGACACUGCUGAAGGAAGAAACAAUUAUCUAGUCCAGGAGAGCGUCCUCCGCCAUCGGCAGCUGUGUGAGUGCGUGUGUGGAGGCAUAAGCGGCAGCCAGUUUCUGCUGUUUUUGGUGAGCUUCCUGAGUGUCAGAUCCAUGUUCUACUUCCCCACACUCACAGUGAUUCUGUCUUGCUUGUAUUUGCAAUUCGUUAAAAAAUUUUUUUGAAUUUU